AAUCCAAAAUCCGCACAAAAAAAAACAAAGUGGCCAUUGGAAAAAAAAUAAAUGAAUCAUAGUGUACAUCAAACGCCGUCAUUCUUUUUGUAACAUUGAAAAUGGAUUUGAUUAAUGAAAUGAGAGAUUCUGAUUGCGAUAGAUACCAGUCUAGCUGUAGUAGCGUCGACGGAAAUGACUCUGAAAUGGACGACGCGCUACGCGUUUUUAAGAUGCCCGAUCUGCAAGGGCAAGCGGUACGAAAACGUCGUGGAAAUCUUCCCAAGCAUUCCGUGAAGAUUUUAAAACGGUGGCUUUACGAUCACAGAUAUAACGCUUACCCCAGCGACGCAGAGAAAUUGACGUUGUCGCAAGAAGCAAAUUUGACAGUGUUGCAAGUAUGCAACUGGUUCAUUAAUGCUAGGCGAAGAAUUCUGCCGGAAAUGAUCCGACGAGAGGGGCAGGAUCCCCUGCAUUACACCAUUUCGCGUAGGGGUAAAAAAUUAAACACCGCUGGGGCGUUUAACGGUGGUUUAGGUCACAAUAACUGGACUGUUGAUAAACGAAUCCGUCUAGAUUCGGAUUACAAUGACAGUUUAACGUAUCUAUACCAAGCUGAUGAUGAUAGUCUCAAUGCGUAUGGAAGCUCCGGCGAAGAAGAUAAAUUUUCUUGGUCAACGAAUUUUCCUUUAAAUUUCUUGCCAAGCGAUAUUGAUGCAAACGAAAUGAACAAUGCUGAGAUUGCAGGACCUUCGACCAAUGAACCAUUAUAUUCACAGUUGGCCCAUACUCCCAAAUUUUCGCAACAACUAUUCAAUUCGCAUCCUAAAGUCAUAGUGUUACCGGCACUUUCCAUCGAACCGAUGCAUUUGUCAACUCGUCCAUCCCAUCCUCCAGACGAGGAGAAAUUUAAGUAUUUACGUAUGCUAAGCGAAACUGCUGUUGCUGUUCAAGAACGCGAAAGAGAAAUGACAAGUUUUUGUGAUAAUUAGUGGGCAUAGAACAAGAUCUUAUUGUUCUGCAUUCUUAUUCGUUGACCGUUUAUAGAGCGUGUAUGAUCAGAGAUAAGAUUACUUUUGCUGGAAGUUUGAUUCGUUGCCAUACAGUUUUAAGUGUUUACUACAGUGUUGCUUUACAUUAUUAAUGUGUACCUAGUUAAAAAAGUUCAUGUAAAUAA